CUCGCAAAUGCACACACAGAGACCGCAAAAGGCGAUCGAAUUGAAGACCGAGCACUAUCACCCACACAGCGUCGAUGGCAUCGGCCAAGCUCCUCGCCGCCUUCCUCGCCGCCCUCGCGGCCCUGCUGGCGGCCGGCGGCGGCGCCGGCGCGAGGGAGUUGAGGCUCGAGAUGCCGUCCGCCACAGAGACCGCAAAAGGCGAUCGAAUUGAAGACCGAGCACUAUCACCCACACAGCGUCGAUGGCAUCGGCCAAGCUCCUCGCCGCCUUCCUCGCCGCCCUCGCGGCCCUGCUGGCGGCCGGCGGCGGCGCCGGCGCGAGGGAGUUGAGGCUCGAGAUGCCGUCCGCCGCCGAGAUGAUCGUCGACGACGGCAUGCCGCUGAUCCACAUGCUCCGCCCGCUGCUGGGCUCCGGCGGCCGCCUGGGCCUGCGCGCCCGCGUGCCGUGCGACAGCUGGCGGUUCGCCGUGGAGACCAACUCCCUGCGCGACUGGCGCACCAUCCCGGCCCGCUGCGAGAGGUACGUCGGCAACUACAUGAUGGGCGGCCACUACCGGAGCGACUCCCGCGCCGUCAUCGACGAGGCCAUCGCCUACGCCGAGGGCCUGCAGCUCGCCGGCAAAGGGAAGGAGGUGUGGGUGUUCGACAUCGACGAGACCACGCUCUCCAACCUCCCCUACUACGCCAAGCACGGCUUCGGGGUCGAGCCGUACAACCGGACGCUGUUCACCGCGUACGUGAUGGAUGCGAGCGCGCCGGCGCUGCCGGAGACGAAGCGUCUGUACGACAGGCUGCUGGCGCUGGGCAUCAAGCCGGUAAUCCUGACGGGGCGGCGCGAGGACAAGCGGGAGGCCACGGCCAAGAACCUCGCCGCCGCGGGGUACGCUGGGUACGAGAAGCUGCUACUCAAGCCGCAGGACGUGAGGGUGCACGCGGUGGAGUUCAAGUCCGGCGAGCGCAAGAAGCUGGAGGACGCCGGGUACGUCAUCGUCGGCAACAUCGGCGACCAGUGGAGCGACCUGCUCGGCGCGCCGGAGGGCGCGCGCACCUUCAAGCUGCCGGACCCCAUGUACUACAUCGGCUAGAUCCAUCGAUCGAUCCCUAUACAGUAUACACACUUCUCUACCCAUGGACGGAGCUUCUGAACAGCAGCCAAAAUAAACGCCUGAAUAACGUCCAAAUUCAGUGUGUCGAAUAAAGAAAAGAAGAAUAAAACGACCUAUUUAUGUGUGGGGUUGGGAGUGCUGUACAUACGGUUGUUGGUCCUGUGCUAGUACAUUCAGGACACAACGUGCGUUUGUAAUUGUGAAUGUAAACCAAACGGCGUAAUAAUAAUGGGCAAUUGAUAAUUCACAUCAA